AGUAGGUAAAAGAGGGGAAAAGAGGAGCCAUCACUUUGGAAGGAGGAUGGUUCUGCUCUGGAGUACACUGGUUGAUAGGGUGGUGGAGGCAAAUUCCACUGCAACCUUCAAAAAGUAAUUUGAACUGAAAUGGGGAAAGGCGUGGGGUGACACUACACCGAGGGCGGGUACAGCUCCCAGAUCCCAGCCCACCCUACAGAACAUUUAGGAAUUAAAAUGUUAGGCAGGGGUGUGCCAGGAUAGUGCUGAUGUGCGUUGUAGGCCAUUGCUAAAAUUAGCCCAUCGCAAGCUUCGCAAAUUGGUUCCCCCUCAAAUUGGUUGUAUUAAUGUUACCCAUGGAGAAUAUCUUUAAGAAAUGUAAAUGGCAGCGGUGAUUACGUGCUGGCGUGGAAUGAGCUGAAUCUGUUUCUGUGCUUCCUGGAUCCUUUUGCUUCAACCAUCAAUAAUCCUUCCGCCUCAGAAAAAACCCUGGCAGCAAUUCCACAUGCCACCUCUCGGCUGCACAACCAUCAAACCAUAUCGCCUUCAGUGAGGGCUGCAUCACUUAUACCAACAGGUAACAAAAAAAAACAAGCGAGGGCGUGAUGCCCACUCUCCAUCCUGAUUAAAAGAGGGAGACGCAGAGAGGUCUAUUCCACUCCCCGAAGAUCCUGAUGGGACCUCUCUGCUUGAGCUCUGGUCUCUGUUUACGAGCCAUGGCAUUUGCUUCCUGCACGCUUUCUGCCAGCCUGCCUACAGUGAGCAUCGGCGUGCCUGCUGACCAUGGGGCUCAAGUCCAGGGAUGGUGAUGGCUCGGGCGAAGGCAAGAAGCUGCGGGUGGGUUUCGCCCCCGAGCCCGAGCCCGGGGUGGUCGGACUCGGACUGAACUCCGGCGCAGACCGUGACGGGGCUCUGUUGCUGGAAGGACGGAGCAAAGAAGACAGCAAACCGGGACCGAAGGAAGGGCUGAGCCUCCUGACCAAGCCUCUGGGCUACAAUCAACCGAACAGAAGGAAAGCCACCUACAGAAAACUGCAGAACUUUAUUUAUGAUGCGCUGGAGAGACCCGGAGGAUGGGCACUGGUCUAUCACGCCUUCGUAUUUUUGUUAGUCCUUGGGUGCUUAAUCCUGGCCAUUUUGUCAACAUUUUCCGAAUUUGAGGCUCUCUCACAAAAAUGGCUCCUGACACUGGAAGCUGUUACCAUCAUUGUGUUUGGAUUAGAGUUUGCUCUCAGGGUCUGGGCAGCUGGCUGCUGUUGUCGAUUCAGAGGAUGGAGAGGUCGCCUGAAGUUUAUCAGAAAGCCCUUGUGUAUCCUAGACAUCAUCGUCUUGAUUGGCUCUGUGGUGAUUGUUGCUGUGGGGACACUGCAGAACAUAGUAGCAACAUCAUUGCGAAGCUUACGUUUUCUCCAAAUACUGCGCAUGUUGCGAAUGGACCGGAGAGGAGGCACAUGGAAACUUUUAGGAUCAGCUAUUUGUUCCCACAGCAAGGAACUCAUCACUGCCUGGUACAUUGGAUUUCUGUCACUCAUUCUGGCCUCGUUUUUGGUUUACCUGGUUGAAAAAGAUGAUAAUGAUGCCAGAAACAGUACACAGGACUUCAAUACCUAUGCAGAUGCACUGUGGUGGGGUUUGAUUACACUGACUACAAUUGGUUAUGGUGACAAGACGCCGAAGACUUGGGCAGGUCGUCUUUUAGCAGCAAUGUUUGCUCUUGUAGGAGUGUCGUUUUUUGCUUUGCCAGCUGGCAUUCUUGGCUCUGGGCUGGCUCUUAAAGUUCAGGAGCAGCAUCGUCAAAAGCAUUUCGAGAAAAGAAGAAAUCCUGCAGCAAGCUUGAUUCAGGCUGCGUGGAGAUUUUAUGCCACAAAUCUCAACAGGAAUGAUCUCAUUGCCACAUGGAGAUAUUACGAAAGUGUCAUCACCAUUCCUUUCUUCAGAAAAGAUCAAGGGGAUGAAGCUACCAGUCAGAAGCUGAGCCUUUUUGAACGUGUUCGUAGUGCUGGACCCAGAGGUGGCACUGUUAAGAGCAGGCUUUUUACACCUCAAAAUACAGACGGAGUGGAGGAUAGUCCCUCAAAGGAUCAGAAGAGUUUAGGUUUCAGUGACCUUCGAGCUGCAGUUCGCAUUAAAGCCUUUGGCUUCAGACAGAGCUCAGAAGAUGCUGCUGCUGAGGUGGACCAAGAGCCUGAGGACAAGGGUUACCAAGCUGAACUCUUGGAAGAUUUGAUCCCUACAUUGAAAACUGUCAUUAGGGCUACAAGUAUCAUGACAUUUUUUCUCAACAAAAAAAAGUUCAAGGAGACUUUACGACCUUAUGAUGUGAAAGAUGUUAUUGAGCAGUACUCAGCAGGACAUUUAGACAUGCUUUCAAGAAUCAAGUACCUCCAGUCAAGAAUUGAUAUGAUUCUUGCACCUGCAGCCCCAUCAACUCCCAAGCAGAAAAAAUCAAACUCAAAAGGAGGUUUUGUAUACCCUUUACAACAAUCACCUAAAAUUGAUCCUGAUGUCGCCAAAGCUUCUGAUCCAGAGGCUGAAGACCAAAGCAUGAUGGGAAGAUUUGUCAAGGUUGAAAGACAGGUGGAAGGAAUGGAGAAAAAGAUUGACUUCCUUGUGGAUAUGCAUAUUCAACAUAUGAAUACCCAACAGUCCGGAUCAACUGGCUACUAUUCAAUAAGAGGGGCAGGGACAUCAGUUCAGCAAAGUCCAGUUGAGGAUAAGGUGGAAGACAAAUACUCAGAGAUUAAAAGAGUCAUCUCUAACUAUCCUGAUGCCUGCACGUAUAUGGCUCCUCAGAAUUGUUAUCAAGUCCAAGUUUCUUCUGUUGCUCCAUUUAGUUUCUUCAGACAGAGUCCAGGAAGUACAAAAUUUUCAACUUUAGCUGCUGACUUAUCAAGAUUUCCUCCACCUCCUGCUCCAUCUUACACUGAAAGACCAACAGUUCUGCCAAUAAGCUCGCUGACAGACAGUGAUGGUAACAUAUGUCCCAGCUAUCAAGGAGCAGAGCGAGCAAGUCCUUUUUCUGACAAAUUAUCACAGAGGCAUGGGAGAAGCACAAGAGACAGCGAUACUCCGAUUUCUCUCCUUUCAGUCAACCAUGAGGAACUAGAGCGUUCCCCCAGUGGAUUCAGCAUCUCCCAAUCAAAGGAUGACUUGACUUUUGGUAUUUAUGGUGGAGGUAGUUGGCCAAAAUCAAAACUUCAUUUAGCAGAGGGUGAGACCGACACAGAUACCGAUCCUUACACACCAUGUGGUUCUGCACCUCUGUCAUCAACAGGGGAGGGACUUCCUGACAACAUAUGGCCUACAACAAAUAAGCCAACUUAGCAGGGUCACUGGAUGGCUCAUAAAUGUACAGUCACUAUAAACGGUUCACAUUUCUUGCUUCCUGCAGCACACCUACAGCUUAUUGUUACAAUGCAUUUCACUGGCAAAAUUGCAUGUAAUGCAUGGUCUUGCGCUAGAGAACUGGUAAUAUUUUCAAUAUCCCAAAAGCAAUUUUUUCAUAAAUUUUAGAAGUUGUAAAGAUUUGCAUGUAGGUGCAUGGUUUUCAACAAUAUUAACAAAAAAGCCUCCUUUCUUCUGUCUUAUUCUAUAAUAAUGAAAUAAUUUCAAUCCCUACAAUAUACGUGGGUUAGAAUCUAUGCAGAAAAUUAUUAGAUACAUUUCUUUUUAACAAUACUUAAACCUGCAAGCAAAUUCUUAAAGAGACAGUGUCCUCUUCAUUAACCUAAGGGUUUGCCAAGACAUUCUUGUUGUUACACAUGCCAUCUAUUGAGUUACCUAUAUGUUUAUAACUUUUAAUAACAGAUAGAUAAAAGUGAAAGUGUGUUCUGAAAAAAGAAAAAUUAAAUAAAAAUGAAAUUUAAUAAUCUGCCCAUAUGUAUAUUAAAAAAAGUAAACAGAAUCGUGUUCUUUGUGAAAUGCAAAAAUCCCCAAAUACACAGCUUAGCAGCUACAUGAAGGGGCCUGAUGAAGUAAGGUAAAUAAUCCUGCAUAUUGUUAGGAUUAUGGUUCUACCUCAUAUCUGGUGCAAAUUUCACAAAUCAUCACCUCCCAUUUUUUUAUUAAAGAUUUUUCAGACUCUUUUGCACCUAAUCAAGUGCACUUAUCUUGGCAUAUCUUAAAUGUCGUGCAUUGAUCAAUUGUGAUAUUGCAGGGCUGUUUGCAGCAGCUGAAAAUAUAAUAGUGACAGAAAGCAUAACCACAGGAAUAUCACAUUUCUUUAUUUUGUCAAAUAUUUGUGUUUUGCAGAGCAAUGAAGUGAUACUGUAUGAAUCCCACGGCUUUCACAAACACAUCCCAAGAUCUUUAAUGCCAUAUUAGUUAAACUCUACUAAACCUAAUUGAUUGUAAGAAUUCCUGCUGGCAGUAUCAGCAGAAUAACCCCGCUCUAUUUGUUUCCUGUGACAAAAUAUUUGAAUUAUUCAAUAAUUAGAAUUAACAAUUGUAAAGAAUAUAGGAAAUGUGGUAUUAAAAUCCAACCUAAUUCAGAUAUCAGCUAAUUUGAGUUAAGAGGAAUUAAUUGUACUGGAUGGCUUAUAAAACUAGAGGCUCAUAGAACAAUAUCACCAGUGAAAACAAAAUAUUGCAUUAUGCAAAUAGGUUUGCUUCAUGUCUUGUGGUUCUCUUGUCAAAAGUAAAUGAGUUUCCACUUCUUUUCUGCUGCAAAGGAUUUUUUUUUAAUCUCUAGUUCUUUGUUUUCAGGAAACUUGCACAAAUAAAGGUAGCCACUAGAAUAAAUAAAGGGUAGGUAGUUAAUGUUGAUUAAUGUAUUCACUUGUCAUUGCAAAUUAUUUAGCUAUUUUAACAGUAUGCACCAUACAAGUCUAAAAAAAAACUUCAACAAAAACUCCAGUGCACUGAGUGACAACAGAGAGCUGUACAAUUAACCUAGACAUUGUUCAAAUAUAGCAGUGAAUGCUACACAUUCCAAAGGCACAAUUAUAUCUGUGAAUAACGAGAAUGCCAUUGCGUUCUGAUAAUGUUGGCUUCCAUUUCCUUUAGAAGAAAUUGUAUACAUGUUCCCAUUGUUUUCAUUUGGCAGAUAAGGCUAAUGGAUUUUAAUUUAUAAUUGCGUUUUGCAACGGUACCCCUUUUAAGAGAGUAUAACCCAUCUAUAGAUUUGAAUGCAUGUGAUUAUAGCAUCACUGAAAAGGAUUUAGCCAGAUAAAACAUGUAGUUAUUAUCCAUAAACAUUAUGUGGCAUAAAUACAAUUCAAUGAGAAAAAUUCAUAAUCCUUCAAGGCUUUAUUUUGGAAUAGAUUGUGUACGAAGUGUUUUGAGAGUACAUAUAGCAGCAUCUGUGAAUGACGAGCAUGCCAAGGAUCUCUCAUAUUAGCAACAUAUCAGUUUUACAUGUUUUAAUAGUUCAACAAGAUAAAAAGAAAAACAAAGGAUGUUGUCUCUUUAGGAAAAUGAGGAUGAAAGGGCCUGCCAUACCUUUUGUAACACGAACACUUUCUUCUACUCUUUAACUGUAUUUUGUAUUAAUGUUUCAAUCUAUUAGGGGUCAAUAUACUGAGACUGAGAGUAGCUGACAGGUAUUUGUGCCUUGCCCAGGAGACAUCUUUCUUAAUAAUUAUAAACCGUUGAAUUCCAGUUUGCUGUUUCAAAUUAAGAAGGAAACAUGAUUUUCAUACAAGUGGCCUUCCGUGCUGUUUCUAUGUUUUGUUAACUGUAUUUCUAAUCAAAAGAUUUGAAUGGUUCUUGUAACGUAUAUCUUCAAGCAGCCCAACCUUUUGGAAGAUUUAAUGUUGUUUAUUUACAAUAUAUAUUAUUUAGAUCUAUAUUUAAGCUUAGUGUUUCUGUUCUUUCUUUAUCAAUUGCAUCAGUUAUGAAUAAAUGGAUAUUAAAAGAUCCUGUGUUUUUCUGCUGCAACAUUUCAUAAUUCCUCAGCAACCCAAUGAACAAUAGAAAAUGUUUUGAUAUUAUGUUUUUUUGAUGCCUAAAAUUUCAGGCUGUAGUUCCGACAAUUUUGACUUCACAGUAAAUCUCAACCUAUCAAAACUAUGAUGAUCUGACU